AUGUCCCAAACUCUGAGUGAAGGCUGUUCAAUCGGUGACGACUGUAGCACGAUUACGUGCGAUAUGAAUUUCGUUGAGACGCCAAUCACAUUCAAGCUAAAGGUAUCAAUUGUCAUGCUAUGGAAUAGUAAUAACCGACAGCAGUAAUUCAUCUGAGUCCUAUAUGAAAGAACUUCAAAAACUUAAAAGAAAGUAGAUACCUUUUUCGGGCUAACUAUUAUUUUCUUAAAUCUUCAGCGCUGAAUUUCGUCAUCACGGCCAGAAUAAUUCAAGCGCCAUAAAACGUUUUGACUUCGCACUAACGUUUGUGUUACUGAGAGUCCUUUAGAUUCCAGAACCAGAACGACUACAAGUGCGAGAUUUUACUUAAAAAUUUUUCGCGUAAUAGACACCCCGAAAAGCUUCAUAAGAUUAUACUUCUUAUCACCAGAAUAGGUGGCAUGCAGUGACGUCUUUAUUGAAGGAAGUUAAUUCCUCAUCGGUCCCGAUCGCAAAAUGAUAAAACUUCUAACAUUUGACAACUUGUUUCCUCCAAUACGACAUUCUUGCUGCUAACUCUCGUAAGAGAAUGACGACGGCUAUCACGUUUAAGCUGACUCACUGCGUAAGCGCGCACUACAUAGUUUAAAAGUAUUGAAAAAAUCUUGUAUUCGUAAUCGAUCUCAUUCUAGAAUCUAGCUUAGGUCUCUUUUACAGUCAAACUAAACAACGAGUGUAUUACAGUCGAAUUGAGCAGGAUCUUAAUUUUUCGCCGCGGAAGAGCAAUAAAGGGUAUAUAUUUCUCUCUUUUCACCAGGUGAAUAAAUGUGAUGAGCCCGUCUCGGUAACUGCCUUGCUAGAUGUCCCGGAUCUCUAG